UCACCGUCAAGAUUCCCGGUGUUGUCUCCACGCCUCUCUCCCCGCCUCCAAUCCCUCUCUUCCCCCCCACCCGUCCUCCUCGGUGCAACGCUCUCACACGCCCGGCCCUCCGCUCCCCGCUCCCAACGGUCAUGAUCGCCGCGGGGUCCGUCCCGUCAAGUGCAGCCGCAUCCACCGCCACCAGCCCCAUCCUCUCCGGCCCCACCAGGCGGCGGCAGCCGGAAUUCAGCGAUCCGGAGAGGGCUCUCCAGGAAGACGAGGACGGCGAGGCCCGCGACCAUGCAGGGUCCCUCGGAGGAUGGCACGGUCUCUUCUCGCGGCGGCUGCUGCUUCGGCACGGCAGGGGCGGGUGGCGGCCGGGGGGUAGGAAUGCGUGGAUGAGGCUGUUGGCGCUGGCCCUAUUCUCCAUGCUGGCCGCCACCGUUCUCCUCGGCACCGCACGCAUCGGCGGCUCCCAGGAGAACAAGGACGUGGUGCUGCAGAUCGGCAGCGUGAUGCGAGACGAGUCGUCGAGUUGGACGCUGGAGAACGCCACCAGCAUACAGAGAAGGCCUCAUCUUCCCAUUCCUGAGAUUUGGAUGAAUCCAAACAAUAAAGGUUACCGACAAUGCAUCAAUCGUCCAAAAGCUAAAUGCGACACAUGCAAUGCAACGGUGGGUUAUCUUAUUGUUCAUGCCAACGGAGGACUUAACCAGAUGAGAAUGGGAAUAAGCGACAUGGUUGCGGUAGCAAAGCUAAUGAACGCCACGCUUGUGUUGCCCUUCUUAGAUCACAAAUCAUUUUGGACAGAUCCAAGUGAAUUCAAGGACAUAUUUGAUGUCAAACACUUCGUGGAAGCUCUCAAGGAUGACAUCUCCGUGGUGGGAUCCCUCCCCCGGCGAUACGCCAAGACGAAGCCGCUGAAGAGGGCUCCCAUCUCCUGGUCUAAGGCUUCCUACUUCAAGAGCUUCGCUAAUGUCUUGAGCAGGCGUCGGGUGAUAGAGUUCACCUACACAGACUCCCGCCUCGCCAACAAUGGCCUUCCCCCUUCGAUUCAGAGGCUUCGGUGCCGUGCCAACUACCGAGCGCUUCGAUACACGAGAGAGAUCGAAGAGCUGGGGAAGACAUUGGUCCGUAGAUUGAGAAAUGGCAGCGACCACUACAUCGCUCUUCAUCUCAGGUACGAGAAGGACAUGCUGUCGUUCACCGGCUGCAGCCACAACCUGUCGUCCCAUGAGGCGGAAGAGCUGAGGGCGAUGAGGUACGGGGUGAAGCACUGGAAGGAGAAAGAGAUCGAUAGCAAGGAGAAGCGGCUCCAAGGCGGGUGCCCCAUGACGCCGCGCGAAGCUGCCAUCUUCCUCAAGGCCAUGGGCUACCCUUCCACCACCAGCAUCUACAUCGUGGCCGGAGAAAUCUACGGCGCGAAUAGCAUGGAAACGCUGACGGCGGAGUACCCCAACAUCUACACCCACCACAGCUUGACGUCCGCCGAGGAAUUGGAGGGUUUGGAGGGGUACCAGAACAGGCUUGCGGCGCUCGACUACAUCGUCGCCCUCCGCAGCGACGUGUUCGUGUACACCUACGACGGGAACAUGGCCAAAGCGGUGCAAGGGCACAGGAGAUUCGAGGGGUUCCGGAAGACCAUCAACCCGGACAGGCAGAGGCUAGUGAAGCUGAUGGAUCAGCUGGACGAGGGUGCCAUAAGCUGGAAGAAGCUGGAAGAGCAGGUGAAGAGAGAUCACAAGAACAGGCUCGGAGGGCCGUACGAGAGGAGGACCGAAGGGAUCCCCAGACAGGAAGAGUACUUCUAUGCGAAUCCUCUUCCGGGAUGCUUGUGCAUGAAGCGACACAGGAGCAUCUGAAGCAGGAGGGGUUUGCACAGAGAAGAGGAAGGUGGCAGUUCUGGGAAGCUCCCUCGCUCGAUCGCUGUAAAGACGACGAGAGUUUCU